CUUUCCAACGCCCCUGUCGCGGUAUAUGUUUGAGAGAUCGCCUCCGGGUUCUCGGAUGAAUGUCUAUCAGCGAACCUCGUUUCCCUCAUCACAGAAACUUACUGUUUCCUGAUCGCUCUCAGAGACACCUUCUGCGCCUCCGGGCGCAGGAAGGGAUCUGGUCGAGCCACUGCCACCUGUCAAGAGAGAGCCAAACCGAGUUGUGUGAAUGCUUUUCUGGAUUGAUCCUACUCGAAAGAGUGUUUCUUCCCUAAGAAUUCGAUAGUUCGACCGUUUGCAGAGCUCACGAUGCUGAAGGCCGUGAUACUUAUCGGCGGUCCUCAGAAGGGAACCCGCUUCCGCCCCCUCUCCUUCGAUCUCCCGAAACCUCUUUUCCCUGUGGCCGGGGUGCCGAUGGUGCAACAUCUCAUAGAGGCCUGCUCAGCAGUCAAAGGAAUGAAGGAGAUUGUCCUCAUCGGAUUCUAUCCCAGCGAACAGAUCGCUCCCUUCGCUCAAGACCUCGCGAAGACCUUGAAUAUCUCUAUAAGGUAUCUGCAGGAAUUCGCAGCUCUUGGAACUGCCGGAGGUAUUUUUCAUUUUCGGGACCAAAUCUGCUCCGGCGACCCUGAGGCUUUCAUUCUAAUCAACGGAGACGUCUGCGGGGACUUUCCUCUGGAUGAAUUGGUCGACUUUCAUCUCCGUCAGCCCAGCUCCAACAUCAUAACCGUUCUGGGGACAGAAGCAACCCGUCAGCAGAGUGUCAAUUAUGGAUGCAUAGCCUUCGAUAAGGACCGGAAGGAAAUUCUACAUUAUGUCGAGAAGCCAUCAACAUUCGUCUCUAAUUCUAUCAACUGUGGAGUAUACGUGUGCUCGACAGAAUUAUUCAAGCACCUCGGAGCCGAGUAUAAAGCCAAGCAACAUCAACCUCAUGGAUAUACCACAGGAAGCAUCGAUGAAGCCGAAUCACUUUCUCUUGAAUAUGAUGUGCUCGUGAAAUUGGCUGGCUCGGGAGCUCGUUCCCAUGUUUUCCUCACGGACCGUUUCUGGUCGCAGAUCAAGACGGCAGGUUCCGCGAUCUAUGCCAACAGACAUUAUUUGGAACUGUACCGCCUCAGGGAUUCAGGGAAACUCGCGAAGCCGGGGCUGGGAGGACCGAAAGUCAUCGGGGAUGUUCUAAUCCAUCCCAGGGCCGCAAUCGAUCCAAGCGCCGUUAUCGGACCCAACGUGUCAAUUAGCGCCGACGUCAGGGUUGGUAGAGGUGUCCGAAUCGCUGAGAGCCUGGUUCUGGGAAAAGCUACCAUCGGAGAUCACAGUCUUGUGAAAAACUGCAUCGUCGGAUGGAAUUCCGAUAUCGGUUCGUGGAGCAGGGUUGAAGGAACUCCUUGCGAUCCGAACCCGAACAAAGCAUUCUCAAAAAUGGAAAAUACCCCCCUGUUCAACGGGGACGGUCGUCUGAACCCGUCCAUCACAGUUCUCGGGAGCAAUGUCACAGUGCCAUCGGAAGCGGUCCUCAUCAAUUCCAUCGUACUGCCGCAUAAGGACCUGAACCAAUCGUACAAAAACGAAAUCAUACUCUGAGAUAUACAUGAUAUAUCGAUUACUCGUCGUACUUGACCAAUUUCCUGUACGCUCUUAUGCAAUAAACUAAACGUCGGAGUCA